GGAAUUUCGUGUCCUCUCUGACCUCACUUGUCAUAUUUGUCUGCCGUAUAACAUCUGGGAGCCUGAAAUGGGCACUUGGAUGUUUUCUCUUCUUCGAAUUCCGUCUUAGCACUGUUUGUGCCAGUAUCAUACUCACAAAUCUCUUUGUUUUGGCUCACAACAACUAAGUCCAGAAGUUGUGUGGACACUGUCUUGCCGUUCCUGCGGCAAAGCAAUUCAUUUCCUGCCCAGACACGCGGAUCUCUUCAACAUUUCUUUGCCAUAUACAUUACCCACACGCCUGAGACGGCCACUCAGGUCGUCCCCCUUUUGUUCCCGAGACCUCAAUCUCAAUACUGAUUUACCACUAUUGCACUCGAAAGUCUCUCUAUUUCGGCUCAAUUUCUGCAUAACCAGAUACCUUCUACCCCUCGUGCUAAGGAUAUCAUCACAUCAAAAUGCCAGCUACUCAACGUAACCCUCCUCAAGGAGAUGGCAACGAUGCUAUUUGGCAUGAACAUGCCGCACGCAUUCGGGAGUUGUAUUUCGACCGGAAGAGGCCGAGAAAGGACUGCUCACUGCUUGCUGUAAAGGCAACGAUGGAGAGUGAGCAUGGGUUUCCCGUCUUCCCGAAACAUAUAUGGGAGGUGAAGCUGAAGAACACCCUCGGCUUCCGCAAGAAAGUGCAGAAGAAUGACUGGCCCCGAAUCCACCAGCACUACGAGCAGCGAAAGAUCCAGGGCAAAGAGUCCAAGAUACUUCUCAAUAAUGAGUUGAUCGAGUGGAGAAGGGCAUGGAAAGAGAUGAGAAGGUCUGGAGCCGUCAGACACUCUUCAUUGAAAGAGCCAUUGAGUCCUCUCCCUCCGGGGAUCGAGCUUCGUACACCCUCUCCCGACCUCGGUGUCGCAUCAUUGAACACAGGCACCGGUCCUCGUGUUGUCCCUGAAGUCAACUGGGCAAUAUUAACACAAGCUGACCAAGUACGAGGCAAGAGCAUCAACCCAUUUGACAGCACCCACAUCAAGGUGCAUGAGUUGGGAUCACCUAUGAUGGCGGCGGAUGUGAUCGGUACCUUGAGAAAUAUACCUGAUCCAAAGGUUCGCCCUUGCAAGUAUCUCGCCGACAGGGCCCUUCGAGAAACCCUUUGGCACCCGCACGGGAUCAUAUACUACAGGGCAUUGCUCAUCGCCAUCCCCAAGUCCAAAGGUCAUGACCACCUCCUCAGUUACAUCUCCGUGGACCUUCACCGGAAAUGGUCAAAGUCUUUCACAGUCAACCUCUGA